CUACUUGACACGAGGCCUUAACCCUUGCUCAAAUGGGAACUUAAAAAGGCAAACCGAUUACAAAUAGCUAACGAUAUCUCGGACCCAAAAACUCUCUCUCAACCAGUCCUUGUUCAUUUUCAAAACCCGUUCUUGUUUACUGGCACCAUGGAAGGAAUCAUUCUUAGAAGGGUUAUUCCCUCGGACAAUAAUUGUCUUUUCAAUGCUGUUGGCUAUGUCAUAUGGACCAUGACAGAAAAAAAGCUCCUGAAUUGAGACAGGUGCCAUUGAGCUUUCAAUAUUAGCAGAUUAUUAUGGACGUGAAAUUGCAGCAUAUGAUAUCCAGACCAUGCGAUGUGAUUUGUAUGGGGUCAGGAGAGGACGUACUCAGAAAGGGCCAUGCUGAUUUACAAUGGACUCCAUUAUGAUGCUUUAGCUAUGUCUCCAUUUGAGGGAGCUCCAGAGGAGUUUGAUCAGACCAUAUUUGGGGUGCAAAACGACAGGACGAUAGGGCCAGCUAAGGGGCAUGCUCUUAAUCUUGUUAAGGAGCAACAAAGGAAAAGAAGUUACACAGACACUGCCAACUUCACUUUGCGCUGCGGGGUAUGCCAAAUUGGAGUAAUUGGUCAGAAGGAGGCUGUUGAAUAUGCGCAAGCCACAGGCCAUGUGAACUUUCAAGAAUAUAGAUAACAGAAAGCAGAAACUCUUCAUUUCUCAAGGUCCUUGGUAACUAGAGGAUUGUUAUGCUAUUCAUAUUUGAUUUUUAAAUAACCCUAUAAAGCUGCUGCAUGCUCUUUUGUUGUUCUUGUAUGAUCAUUUUGAAAUGAAAGAACAUUCAAUUUCAGCUAAUGCAUCAAUUCGUAAAAAAAUGUUUAGUUUUC